UGACUCAGACGACAGACCCAGCUGGAUCUUUCCUAAUUGCCUGCCUUUUUAAAUAAAGCACGAAUAAACACAAACAGCUGCGAUGUUUAAACAGGUGUUUUAACUAUAUGUGCUACUCAUUACUCCGUCCUGCCGUGUUGUAGCACAGAUUGUCAGAACACCGGAAUGUGUCUGCAGUUGUGAGGCGGACUGAAGGAGUCUGGAGUCGAAUUCCUGAACACGUAGGAGCUCCAACACGGCGCAUGACGCAGGGCGCAUGACGCACCGCGCAACCGCGACCGACUAACGGAUUUACUGAUCGAUUACCGAUCUGACAAGACAAAGUAGAUUUCUAUCCACUGUUAUGUCUCCAUAUUGGAUAGUUCUUUUUGUCCUCCUGCUUUUAAUCUCUUGAGGAAACGUGACUACAGAAGCAGCUUUUCUUUUUCCGCCUGUUGAAGCGCAACUGAACCUACUUGUUCGUUUUCAGCAGAAGAGGGGGGGAAAAGUAAGAAUCUGAUCUGAUCAGCUGUUAAUACUUAUAUUUAAAAAGCUUUUUGAAAUGGAAGAAUCCCGCUUUCACGCGACAAUUAGAAGAGGAAUUAAUUUUAAAAAGCAGCCCGUGUUUAGUUUCCACAGCGGAAAUGAGAUCAGUCCGUUCGCCUGGCUCCACUUUUUCUAAAACAUGGUGGAUGCAACUCUGUUGCUGCAGGAUCUGUCAUUAUCGGACUUCUGAAAAGCUUUCAUUUUAUAGUUAUUGAUAUAAUUGAAGGAAAGAUGUUUGCCGGCCUGAUGGGGCUCGACUGUCACCUGAACUCUCUGCAUCACCGCUGCGAAAGCACUGAAGCAGCCAGUAGGGACGCAGUGUUUAACAUGAGGGCCUCUUCUAGCUCCAAAGGUGGCAAAGUAUCUGGGACAGCUGGCAGCUCUGGCCGUAAGAGGCUGCACAGGAGACCAGGGUACAUGAGAGGAGAGCAGGCCAGGCUGCAGUGCACUUCUCAUGCUCAGGACGAAGAGGAAGACGAAGAAGAGGAGGAGGAGGAGAGCAUUGCUUGCAUCAGGAAUGGAAAAUCUGGAUGCCACGCUGACCUCACCAAGGCAACCAGAGUUCAACAGUUGAGUCAAGCUCCUACCGUCAAAGUGUCUUUAAUGAAUGACCUACAUCAAAAGAGAUCAACAUUGGCCGGCCCUUUAAGUGGAGUUCAAACCACAUUGAACGAACUCAGUCCAAGUCUCCAGUCUUCAUCUGAGGUCUUCUUCAGCUCAAGUUUUAGCUUCAUCCAGCAGUCUCUAAACAGCAACCAGAGGACAGACCCUGCUAGGCCGCUGCAGGAACCAGAACCAACAAAUCAACCAGAUAAUCUAGAGAAAAAAAGAGAGGAAAUCACCACCAAAUCCAGCCAGGCCCAUAAGGAGGAGCAUUCAUAUGGUGGGAGAUGUUGGCGGGACUGUCUGUGGACUGGCAAGGAGGAAAUGUCCCCCCUUCCGAACUCUGAGUCCCAGUCGGUAGACAUAGAGGUCACUUCCUCCCUGUCGGUGGACUCGGACACGACCUCGGCCUCCUCUGUCACCUCCGGCUACGAGAGCGCGACGCCUGCCUCCGAGCAAGGCUGGGACAGCCUGGUGAAGACGUACGACGGCGUCCUGCAGGACUGCCUCCAGAACAACCGCACUUACACCAAGAUCGAGUCCAUGAUGUUGAAGCUGCAGAGGCUCCAGCAGAAAGCCAUUCUGGACGACGACUACGACGCAGCUGAGCGCUUUGGGAAGAAGCUGGAGGAGCUCUGCAGGGAGCGCGGCGCUCUCAAACUGGGUUUACCCUCCAUGCAGCCCAGCGUCGCCCACUUCCUGGAGAGGCUCUCAAAGGUGGUGCACAGCGCCCUCCAGAGGGAGGACUGCGGUCAUCGCAGAAAUGGAUCAGAACCGGACUCAGUGGAGCAGUCUGACCCAACGCAGCAAAGGGAUCGCUUGAUUCAAGAAAAACAUCAAGUUGAGGAGGAAAUUGAGAAGCUGCAGACGAGGCUGGCGCAGCUGAAGGAUCGCAGUCGAUACCUGGAGCAGCAGAUCCAGCAGGAGGAGCAGCGGACCGAGGCCGCGGAGCUGGAGGGGUCGGUGCUGCGGAGCUGCACCGUGGCCCAGCUCCGGGACAUGAGCCGCACCCUGCAGGACCUCAUCUCUUCUGAAAACCGCACACAGAUCUCCGUCUCCCCUCCACCUUCAGCGCUCAGACUCCAGGAACAGGAGCAGGCGCUGAACCUUUCCAUGAAGGAAGCUACAGCUAAGGUGGUCAUGAGUCAGAGGCUGGGCAGCAGCCUAAGGAGGAAAGUCAGCGAGACUGAAACACAGCUCUUGGCUCUGCACGAAGCCAAACUGGCGGCCAUAUCUGGUAAUGACUUCGGCUGCGCCAAGGAGCUGAAGGCGGAGAUGAAGGCGGUGUACCUGGAGCGGGACCGCCUGGAGGCGCUGGCCAGGCGGCUGCACAGCCUCAGCUCGGGCAGCAGCCAGGAGCUGGCCAGGAUGAAGGAGCAGCGGCAGCAGCUCAGGCUGGAGCUGGAGCACAGGGAGGCCCUGCAUGAAAGCCGGCUGAAAGAGAACGCCACCAAGUAUGUGGAGCUGCUGGAGGACAGGCUGCAGAGCUGUGGCUGUCCCGGGUUGGAGCGGAUCUGGGAAGCCGACCUGGAAGCGUGUCACCUGUUCCUUCGAGGCCUGCAGCUGCGAACCUCCAGCUGCGGUGGCCCAGAUGUGGACGACGCCCCCGAUCCAGCGGUUUAUACCUCCACCCAUCCCUCCACCAAAGAAGAAGAAGACUGCGCCAUGCUGACUGCAUUAGGAGGCCGCUGGUGUCCUGAGGCCAACUUGCAGAACUCUGAGUUCACAAAGAAGCUGGAGGAGUUUUUGUUCUGCAUGGAGGAAAACCACCCAGAGGAUGUGUGCAGCGAGGCCGACGCUGCAGACCUGACAGAGCGCUGCGAGCUGAUCGGUGACAGACUGAUCGCCUUGGAGGACAAACUACAGACGGCUAUACUGAAUCGGGAUCAAGCCCUCACUCAGUGUUUGGAAAAAGAAGUUCAGGAGGUGAAAUCCACCUUACAGCGCAUGCUAACGCAGCUCCAGGUAGAAGAACAGCAGGAGGACGACACUGAUGUGUCGGAUGAGCUGGUGAAAGACGAAACUUGGGUGAAAGUAAAGGCAGAAGAAGAAGAAGAUGAGGAAGAAGAAGAGGACCAGUACUUCAGUGACAGCUGGGAUAUUUGAGAUAGACAGUUGUAGAGUUUUGGGAGCGCGUACGCUAGCGGCUUGAUGAGAGCGUUGAUGUGACCUCAAAUCAGUUUACUGUACAGCUUUGCAACUAGCUUAUGUGCUGUUAUAUACUUCUGAAAGUAUAAACUUUAUACUUUUAUACAGGUUUAAAUUCAGUGAACCCCGCUGCAAAACAUAGAACCUUACCUAAACUAAAACUCCACUGGCAGAUUAUUUAAUAAUCUAGCACUUUUUUCAUCCAUAUUAAUGAAUUACUGACUUAAUACAAGCUUUUGAAAUGUUGCUUAUUAUUUAGAUUUGUCCCGUUGAAAUACUUGAUAGGAUUUUGUGUUUUUGCAGAACUUUUUCACAUUUUUUCAUGUUACAACCACAAACCUGUGUGUAUUUUACUCUGGGUUUUAUUUGCUAAACCACCACACACUAUUUAUUAUAAAAGCAACACCUUCUUUAAAUCUGUACUGCAACCUCUUGAAUUAACAGCUUUUGCCAUUUGUGUUUUAUCUCUCCCAGCUCUGCACAUCUGGACUCUGACUUUUUAAAAAACUUUCUUUGCCGAUAUCUCAAGCUCAGUUACAUUUCAUGGAGCGAAGCUCUAAGCAUAAUUUUUUAAGUUUUACUACAUAUUCUAAAAUGGAUUUUGGUUCGGACUUUUAGAUCCCAUUUUGAUCUAAACCAUUCGAUUAUAGUUUUGACUAUAAUCGAAUAGUCAAAACUAUUGACUAUUCGAUCAAUAGUCAAUAUUAAGUUAUUGUCUUUUACACUGACAAUAAAAGAAAAUAUUAAGUAUUUUUGGUCUUGUUUCUAAAGCAAAAAUCUUAGUAUUCUUGAAAUAAGACAAAACUAUAAGAUAUAGGAGUUUGUUUUAAGUCAAUAAUAAUUCCUUAUUUUUGAUUAAAAAGUACUAGAUAUAAAAAGGGUAAAAAAUAUCUACUGUAGGAAUUGGGUUUAGGGAUAAAUCUCAACUUUAAACCUCUCUAGAUCUUUAUCACUGUCGAAUAAUUAAACAAUUUGUGGUUCUAAUGUGAAAUUGUGUAAAAAUGUCCAAGGAGAAUCAAUGCUUUUACCAAUGUAAACUGAAAAAUAUUAAGGAUUUUGAAGGAUAAAAUAUGUUUGUAAGACACAUUCCAGUUUCUUAAACCACUUUGGAUGUUUUUUGAGGACCAAUUUUGUGACAUUUUGUUUUUAUAUGAAUUUGUAGUGUUAGUUUUAAUUCUGCAGUCCAGCAGAGUCGGAGCAGUUUGAAGAGUAUUUAACGUCUGGACUCGAUGCUGCCAUGGACAAUCUGAACACUUUUUACUGUUAACUUGUUUGUUUUUUUGCACACAAACUAAAAGUUAUUUUAACAUCAGAAAACUA